ACUUAUCCUAUAAUUAAAAAUUAAAGACUCAUGAAUGACACAUUACUAGAUGAUUUGGAUGAUAUCAAUGUGAGAAUGCGAAAAGAUAUAAGAAUUAAUAGGCCCUCUAUUAUUUCUGAGAUAUUUUCUCUGCCCUCUCUUCCGCACCAGCCAAUUUCUCUUAAACCAUUAAAUGCCACCGAUGGUGUAUUAGUACAUGCAAAAAAAGAUUUAAAUUCCUUUAAGAAGAUACGUGAAUCAGAUUUAAUAUACCUUUCAUCUUCCGACGACGAAUUUGAUUUAGAUACAUUUAAUUCAAAUAAAAAGGCACAUGUUUUAAAACAUCUAGGAGAUGUCAAAAAAAAUUCACAUCACACAACUUCAGAUUUAUUAAAACAAGAUAAUAUUCAAAUUUUAAAUACUAUUUUUGCUCAAUGUAAUCAUAAUACUAAUAUCCAAACAUUGCCGAUCAACUUAUUAGAUGAAACUAAUAAUAUAACAUUUGAAAUAAACAAUGCUGAUAUUCUAAUAAUCAAUUCAAUCUAUUCACUGACUUCAGAGGUGGUGCCUUUUGAUCAUAAUACAAUUAAUGAUUAUCUAAAUAUAGCCUUUAUUAAAAAGAAAGGAAGUUUUCAUAAAAGAAAAAUAAUUGUUAAAUGUGGCAAAAUAUUAAUUUAUGCUAAUAAUCAUACAACACCUGACUCCCCAUCCAACUUAUAUAAGCUUUUGAAAAAUUCUAAUAUCACUCCAUUAAUAACAAUUCAUUGUGCAAGAAUAUUUUCCAUUGAAUCAAAUGCAAAUCAAACUUCAAACGGAAAGUAUUACCUGACUCUAACCACGAAAUCGCCCGAAAACAGUUUGAUGUCCAUCGGCGUGGACUCGUACGAACAGAGACGGGCCUUGAUCACCGCAAUUUUAAAGCACGUUCCGCAGUUUCACGUCAUUCCGAACCUUUUGACGCUGUCGGACAUCGACAGGAUAGGCUACGCUUACGUCAAGGAUAAUCUUGUUGGGGAUUGGAGCUUGGGCGUUGUGUGUAUUGGUGGCGGGCGUCGUCUAUGGUUUUGGACAGUCAGGGACGGUCGAUCUGCUACUCGUGACCUUAGAAUUGCUUGUCGAUUAACCUGGCAUCGUGAUGACCUGCUAAUACCUCCCUUUUCAUUAUCGGCAAAACCCUUCAUUAAAUCGCGUAUUUCGAGGUUCCGUCGAAAUGACAGGUAUAUGCAGGUCGCAGAACCACAUGUGUCGGAUGUAACUCCCACUUUCUUUCCACGAAGAUACGCGGUUGUCGAUUUUUCAGCUGCUUCGCCACUUUACUUGGCUGUUGCAGCCCAUGAGGAGAGUUCCUGCUCCGAGCGGCCUGACGGUGACCGUAAAUCGAGCUUCCAUAAUAAUAACGACCUCCUUGAUAUAGAAGAUCAAAAAAUUUGUCGUAACGGUAUUAACAAUCAUAACGGGAAUUUGAACGGCGAGGUCUCCCGAUCUGAGAAAUUAGGGUUCGAACCCAGGCGCUGGUUGGAGCUGCUCCAUCGAUGCGUUCAUUACAACGGGCCGGCUCUAAAGGACCAAAGACUCUGUCUGACUACUAGUAGUAUUGCAGUGGGGCACAAUGACGAUAGUAUGUCAAUUAUCUCAGACGAGAAUAGUUGUCGAAGGGCAGUUGUUCCGAUCAUCUUGGAAAAGUUAAUCAAUUUUGUGACAGAUUACGGCCUAGAAACCAAGGGAAUAUAUCGUUUAAAUGGAUCCCAAUGUAAGAUCGAAACCCUUAUGAACCACUUAACAAACACGCAUGGAAACAGUAAUAUCGCUUAUAGCUCCACGCUUAACGUAAAUAAUAGUCAUGUAACAACCAAUGCAAAUAAUUGCGAUAGCGCCUUUGAUUCCUUGCCUUCCUUUGUUAUUAGUCGCGAUAUAUUUUCUGAACACGAUGUGGCCAAUGCUCUUAAACGCUAUCUGAGAAAUCUACCUGAAGCUCUCAUACCCGAGAAAAGUCUAGAAAAGCUCAAAGAGACCGCUUUUCUCUCCCUGAACGAAAAAAAUGAUGCUCAGAUUGUUGAUGAUAAACAGGUGAUCGAACAAUUCGAUAAUAGCAAUACACAACCGACGAUAGGCAAUGUUGACGAAACAUUAAAAAAUCUCAAUACUGAUUACGAUAAAUUAAUGCAAGUCAAAAUCAAGGCUUAUAAGUCAAUCCUAUCAUCGGCAGACCUUAUGCCCGAACUUAAUUACAGCACGCUCAGAAGACUUUUAGGUCACCUGUACUACGUAUCGUUGCAUGAAUCCAAAAACAACAUGAGCGUUCAAAACCUGGCCUCCAUCCUUGGGCCUGGAAUAAUGGCUCCACGCGUGAAUAAAUCGCCCGAAUUCGAGGACUACAAUGAUACCAAUGGGUACAUUAUCGUGUUGUGCGAUUUGAUAGCCAAUUAUUGUCCCAUUUUUGAUGUUGCAAUGGAUCAGUUUGAAAAGGAGAAGAAGAUACGAGAAGGUUUCAAAAAAAUGGUCCUGGCUAAAUCUCGGGCUUCAAGUAGGGCGGGUGAAUUUUUAAUACCCGUUUACAUAUCACACGAUUUGGUUCAAGAUAUCAAACUCAACCACAUAACGACCUCUGAAAGCGAUAAUGUGAGCUGCGACACUAAUAAAAAUAUCAAAAGCACCAAUAAUGGUAUAGUAGACCAGUCGGGACCUAAUUUUUUGCUCCUCAAGGUUUCUUCAAAAAUGACUGCCCGCGAUAUAGUAAUCACUUGUCUUUCAACCCCAAAUACCGAAACCGGCUCUGAAACAGGGAGGGAUCGAAUAUCUGAAGAAGAAACCGGCACAGACUUCAAAAUACGCCUUAACGCUAUCCUCGCCGCUUUACCCGCUGCCCCUCACAAUGUCAAAAGAAACCGAUCUAGCACCAUUGAUUCUCAGUCUACGUCGGAUAUCGAUAUUGGGUCUAAUCCUUGUGUAGUGGAAAGCAUAAUGGGUGGCAGGCUUAGAAGACCGCUAAAACCGAAUGAGAUAGUCUUGGAUGUGGUACCCAAAUGGACUAAAUUAUCCUCAUUUUUCACAUUUUUUAAGUCCGAUGUGUAUCAUUUUUCGAAAAAUGGCAACGAUGACAUAUCUUUUACCCCAGGUUCAAACAACCAUAAAUUCUACAGCGAAAAUAUUAUAACUAAUGGUAACGAUAAUUCAAACGUGGUUAACGAUGUAAUUAAUUUUCAAUCGCCUACAUUGAUCUUGGAACUUGACGCCUGGUCCAACUUCGCCAAAAAUCCUAUUGUACCAUUUUCCAUUUGUGCCGAACUAUCAGUCUCUAUCUUCAAAUGCCCACUGAUUAUUUCUCCUACUCGACCUCCGUCAUCUUUAACCGAAUGGUCAUGCCGUCGGUCCGCUAAAAAAUUAUCGGUUCGCCCUAAAAGAUACCUCGUCGAGUUUAGUCGAGCUACUCUUUCCUUCUUUCACCCCAAAAAAAAGACUGGAACUGAGCCAAUUUUCGCAGUAGAUAUAUCAAAAUUAGAACUUUAUCAAGGGCUCCCUACUGGUUGCACCAAUACAAAUGGGGAUAUUCAGCCUAGGCAUGGUUUUACCCUAUUUUGCGAUGUUAGUUCUGAAAUAAAUCAUCAACCUAAUAGUUGCGCUAAUUCUUUCACCAAAAUUAGUUCUAAUAAUCAAGAACCAAAUUAUACCACCUGUUAUUCCGUCACGUGCAAUACUAGGGAAGAAUUUGAUAUAUGGAUACACGCAUUGUUUAAAACUAAAUAUUAUCCGUGAAAUGCCCAUUAGUUAUACACACUAUCGCUUUAAAAUUGGAAUGCACUAUUUAUUUUUUUAUUAUUUAAGUUUUUACAAUUUUGUAAUUUAAAAAAUUACAUGAAUUUAUAAAAUCCAUUAAUUUAUUGUUGAUUUUAUAAUGCGUUAUUUUUUUUUAAAUUAUAUAUAGAGGAAGCUUUCGUAAUAACAAUUUUUAUAAAAUUUUUUGAUAUAAUUGAUAUUUUAUCUAUGAAGUUACUUAAAAUUUUAAACCCAAUUUUUAAGCACUCCAAAACGAAAAGAUAAUAUAAUAAUUAUUCAUAUUUUAAUACAAGGGUAAUCAAACCUAAAUUUAAGAUGUACUUUAUAUUAAAUAGUCUCAUUAAAAAGUGUCACGCUUUUAGUGAUUCUAAAAUGGUGUUAUUUUUUUAAAAUAUAUAUAUUUAUUUAAUUAAUGUAUAUUAUGAAGUAUUUAUUCUUAUAAUUUUAUUUUUUAUAUUUUAAACUUUUUUUAAUUGCUAUGAAGGCAACCCAUUUUAAUAUGCUGUUAAUAAGAAGUCAUGCAUAAUAUUGUGGCUUACUUUUAGGUAAAAACUGAAUUAUUAUAUUUACCAAUUUCUCCAUAUUUGUUAAACUGGG